CAUGUGAAGAUGAGCGUCCCAGAUUACAUGCAAUGUGCUGAGGACCACCAGACAGUACUGGUGGUUGUCCAGCCUGUCGGCAUUGUGCCCGAGGACCAGUUCUUCAAGAUUUACAAACGCAUUUCCAGCGUGAGCCAGGUGAGCAUCAGAGACUCGCAGCGCCUCUUGUACAUCCGCUACCGCCACCACUACCUGCCUGAAAACAACGAGUGGGGGGACUUCCAGACGCACCGCAAGGUGGUGGGCCUCAUCUCCAUCACCACUUGCGCCUCGGCCAAGGAAUGGCCCCAAACCUCAGAGCGCUUUCAUGGCCAGAAGGAGGUGUACAGCUCCACGCUGUACGAUUCCCGGUUGCUGGUGUUUGGGCUGAAUGGAGAGAUUUCAGAGCAGCAGCGCACUGAUGUGGCAUUCUAUCCCAACUUUGAAGACUGCACUGAUGUUGAGAAGAGAGUGGAGGACUUUGUGGAGUCCAUAUUUAUUGUCCUGGAGUCCAAGCGGCUAGACAGAGCAACAGACAAGUCAGGUGACAAGAUCCCUCUGCUCUGUGUGCCCUUUGAGAAGAAAGAUUUUGUGGGUUUGGACACAGAUAGUAGACAUUAUAAAAAACGUUGCCAGGGGCGGAUGAGGAAGCAUGUUGGGGACUUGUGUCUCCAGGCGAACAUGCUGCAGGAUGCCCUGGUCCACUACCACAUGGCUGUGGAGCUGCUCAGAGGAGUCAAUGACUUCCUCUGGCUGGGUGCUGCAUUGGAGGGUUUGUGUUCAGCUUCUGUCAUAUUCCACUACCCUGGAGGCACAGCGGGGAAGACCCUGGGGCGAAAGCCGAGCGUCUCCCAGCCAGCGGACGCAGGGAAACGCCACAGACCAGGGGCUCAGGAGGUUCUCAUUGAUCCAGGUGCCCUCACUGCCAACGGCAUCAGUGCAGACACCAGCACUGAGAUUGGACGAGCAAAGAACUGCCUGAGUCCUGAGGACAUUAUCGAGAAGUACAAAGAGGCCAUCUCCUACUACGGAAAGUAUAAGAACGCCGGCGUGAUCGAGCUGGAGGCCUGUGUGAAAGCGGUGAGGGUGCUGGCCAUUCAGAAAAGGGCAAGGGAGGCCUCCGAGUUCCUGCAGAAUGCUGUUUACAUCAACCUGGGGCAGCUAUCAGAGGAGGAGAAGAUCCAACGCUACAGCAUCCUGUCUGAGCUCUAUGAACUGAUUGGCUUCCAUCGCAAGUCUGCAUUUUUCAAGCGCGUCGCAGCCAUGCAGUGUGUGGCUCCAACCAUCCCGGAGCCUGGCUGGAGGGCAUGCUACAAGCUGCUGCUGGAGACAUUACCUGGAUACAGCCUGUCACUGGACCCCAAGGACUUCAGCAAAGGUACCCACAGAGGCUGGGCUGCGGUUCAGAUGCGCCUCCUGCAUGAACUGGUGUACGCCUCCCGUCGCAUGGGCAACCCUGGCCUGUCCGUCCGUCACCUGUCCUUCCUGCUGCAGACCAUGCUGGACUUCCUGUCUGAUCAAGAGAAGAAAGAAGUCACCCAGAGUCUGGAGAACUACACCUCCAAGUGUCCAGGUGGAAUGGAGGUCAUCACCCUUCCUGAUGGACUCAAGCUCCCUCCUGUGCCUUUUACAAAGCUUCCCAUCGUCCGAUCGGUGAAGCUCCUCAAUCUGCCUGUCAGUCUGCGUCCUCACAAAGUGAAAGGCCUGCUGGGACAGAAUAUGUCCACCGCCAGCCCCUUCAUCUACUCUCCGAUCAUUAUGCACAACAGAGGAGAGGAGCGCUGUAAGAAGAUUGACUUCCAGUGGGUUCAAGGAGAUGUUUGUGAAGUGCAGCUCAUGGUCUACAACCCCAUGCCUUAUGAACUUCGUGUUGAGAACAUGGGUUUACUGACCUCUGGAGUGGAGUUUGAAUCGCUGCCUGCUGCUCUCUCCCUGCCUGCAGAGUCCGGCCUGUACCCUGUGACUCUGGUUGGUGUCCCGCGUACAGCUGGCAACAUCACUGUCAACGGUUACCACACUGCAGUGUUUGGUGUAACCAGCGACUGCCUGCUGGAGGGCCUGUCUGGUGUGAAGACAAGCGGCUGUUUGGUGGAGGUCAUUCCUUCCCUGCCUCGUCUCCAGCUCAGCACAUCACUGCCACGGUCGGCCCACACAGCCCAGCCGAUGGUCAAAGAGGAGCUGUCCAGCACUGUGUCCGUCCAGCUGUUCAACGGAGAGACCCAGCAGCUGACCAUCACCCUGGAGAACAUUGGAUCUGAGGACAUCGAGACUCUAGAGCUCACCUCUAAGAUUGUCACCACCAAAGAGAAAGUGUUUGGAGAGUUUCUGAGCUGGGACCUUGACGAGGCUUUGUCUCACCUGCCUCUGAAGCCUGGUCAUGCUGUGACGCUGACCAUCAACAUCAAAGUCAAGCUGGACUUCUCUGGUCAGGAGAGCCUGCUGCAGGAUCUCAAUGAUGAUGGGAUCAGUGUGACAGGCCUGCCAAUCUCCAGUCCACUGCGCCAAGUCCUGAAACCCAGGGCUGAGAACAAGUCUGUCAACAGUGAGUCGGGCAAAGCAGAGUACAGCCACAUUAAGACUUUGGAAGCAGUCCUGAACUUCAAGUACUCGGGUGGAGCAGGAAAAGUGGAGGGCUACUACAGGGAGCUGUCUUUGGGAGUCCAUGUGGACAUAGAGCCAUCUGUUUUCUUCACCAGAGUCAGCACCCUCCCUGCGACCAGCACCCGCCAGUGUCAUCUGCUGCUCGACAUUUUCAACCCAACAGAGCACGAACUCACCGUCAGUGCCAAGAACAACCAGGACCUGGUCCUCCAUGCCAGCGAGUGCCAGAGGAUGGCCAUCCAGGUGGACAAGUUUGACUUUGAGAGUUUGCCACAGCCGGACCAGGAGACUGCACGCUUCACAAACCCCAAACAGCUGGAGGAGGAGCGCCAACAUGCCCAGGGCUGCCAGAUCAAUAGCAAGCUGGGCAUCUGUUGGAGCAUCCCUUCUCUUCAACGCCGUGGAGAGGCCAGUGUGGAGGGAGUCCUCAACCAGCUGGUCCUGGAGCACCUGCAGCUUGCUCCUUUGCAGUGGGAUGUGUUGGUGAAUGGGAAGCCAUGUGACUGUGAUGUCAUUGCCGACUGUAAAGUGGGAGACGCUGUGAGCCUUGAGGUGCAACUGACCAACCUGAGCAAGAACCCAGUAGGCCCCCUGGCUCUGACUGUGGUGCCAUAUCAGGACUUCCAGAAUGGAGUCCAGAACUACGAUCUGGAGGAUGCGGUCACGUUCAUCGGCUCCAACACUUUCUACAUAGAAACGGUAAAGCCCAAAGAAAACACCGUUUGUGUGGGGGCCCUGCUCUUCCUCUACACUGGAGAUUUCUACCUUAAUAUCAAGUUUCAGGACGACAGCGCUGGACGGGAGCUUCCUCUUGCCUGGUUCACUCUUCCCAGCGUCCACAUCCGAGCCCUGGACACUCCACUUCAGGCCGGGGCCUGAGAGCUUCCUGGCCCCUGUCGCCUUAGCUCUAAUUGAAGGAUGGAGAGUUUUCUUGAUAAACCUCUCUGUAAAUACAAACGUGUAAAUAAGUAUUUGUUUAAAGCAUAAACUGUAUAUCAAGAUGGAAGAAGCAUCAGCCGCCAGGAAGUGAAGCCAAAAUAUUUAGAGCUCCCCCUGGUGAUUGGCUGCAGUAUAGGUCAUAAACCCCUCCUCCUCUAUGUCAUCAUGAGAUGCGAGUCGAACUAGAAAGUUAAAAUACACGUCUGAUAUUUUCCUGUCAAUCCCAGAUUCAGUUUUGACAGUUAUUAUGCUGAUUUAAAUCCAAGUGGUUGUUUUGUUUUUCGGAGCAUUUUUUUUUACAUUACUUAUUUGAUGCAACAAAGAGCGGAUGUAACGUC